AUGGUUCAAUCUCGAGCUGGGCCUUUCAACGGGCGGAUGCUCUGGCGCAACGAGCUGAAUCGCCUCUUCAGGCAGGGAAGGACGGGCGGCUGCGAACCUGUCAACCUCGCCGUCGUAGGAAGGUGUAUCGACUACACCACUUCAACGGCACUCAAUGCGCUGGAUGGAUACGGGAAGCUGUCCGAAGUGCUGGUCUCCACGUCGCCGAACACCCCUCCGAUGGUCUCCGACGUUGACGAGCAACUCAUACUGAAGGUAUUCUUCUUGGACCCAGUGAGCAUCGUCUCAAUCCAACUGUGCUGCGACGCGCCACCGGAUGACCUAGAAGCCUCGAAACCCAAGACUGUUCGGCUAUACACCAACCGGACGGAGUUCGACUUCAGUGAAUCGGAUUCCGUGAUACCACAACACGAAAUCGUUUUAAAUGAAGUUUCAGUCGGAGAAAAACAGACACUCAAGGGCACAAAGUUCGACAGGGUCACCAGCCUGCAAAUUUUCAUAGUAGACAACCUGGAGGGAAAGGAGCGCACGUAUCUCCAACGACUUAUCCUCAUGGGCACAGUGCACCGACCAUAUCCUGAUAGGUAG